UUUUCAUUGUUCUCCUCUUUGAUCAUGGCUAGAAAUGAUUUGAAAUUAUUAGGAGCAUGGCCUAGUCCAUAUGUUAUGAGGACUCGUAUUGCUCUUAACAUCAAAUCUUUGGCCUAUGAUUUCUUGGAGGAACAAUUUGGUACUAAAAGUGAACUUUUACUUAAAUCAAAUCCAAUUUACAAGAAAAUUCCAGUUCUAAUUCAUGAUGGAAAGCCCAUUUGUGAAUCUCUUAUUAUUGUUCAAUAUAUUGAUGAAAAUUGGACUAAUUUUGGUCAUUCUAUUCUUCCCUCUCAUCCAUAUGAUCGUGCCAUUGCAAGAUUUUGGGCAUCUUACAUUGAUGAUAAGUGGUUUCCAGCACUGCGUGGCGUGGCAGCAACACAAGAAGAGAACGCAAAAAAGGCAGCAACGGAGACUGUGAUCGAAGGCCUAGUGUUGUUGGAAGAUGUCUUCAAGAAUUGCAGCAAAGGCAAGAAGUUCUUUGGUGGAGACAAAAUCGGAUACUUGGACAUUGCACUUGGUUGUUUCUUGGGUUGGCUGAAGGUGAACGAGAAAUUAAACAACGUAAAUCUGCUUGAUGAAUCUAGAACUCCGGGUUUAUACAAAUGGGCUGAAGAUUUUUGUGGUGAUAGUUCUGUCAAAGAUGUCAUGCCUGAAACUCAGAGGCGAAUCCAGGAUUUUAAGAAAACGGGUGCAUCAUUGCUUUAA